CUCAUUCUCUGUGUUUAUUAAAAAAUGUCCUCAAAUCAAAACAAUUUCUUCAACAAUAAACCAAAGCAAGCCCCUUUGAAAUAGAAUGGUGAAGGGACCAAAAAUGGUGUUAAUGAAUCAAUGUACAAGUCAGAAAUAAGAAGAAGAUUAAUUGAAGGUUUGCAUACUAAUAAUAAUAUUAGUCAUGCAGACCUCAAACAUAAUGGAGGACGAAGAUGUUAGCCCGAACGCUUCAUUACAAAGGAAUGGAUCAUUUAUUUGUGUUGCAGCACCAUUCUUGUAUGAUAAGUUACCUGAGGAACCCCUUAAGCUUUCCAUCCUCAAAUUAGAUGGCUCUUCUUUCGAUAUUGAAGUGCCUAGAAAUGGUAACGUGGAUGAUCUCAAACGGUCCGUGGUAGAGGCCUUCAGCUAUUGCAAGAUUUCAUGGUUACAUGUAUGGGGGCAUUUUUGUCUGAGUUAUGACGGACAGAAACUACUUUCAGAUGAUGAUUUGAUAGGAACCUACGGGAUCAAGGAUGGCGAUAAGCUUAGUUUUGUGAGACAUGUGUCGGUUGGCCACAAUCCAAAAAUGACGCAAUCAGAGGUCAACCAUCAGUUUGAUCCCAAAGUAUCCAACGACUUUGAUGGGCUUAAAGGUGAAGAAGAGGAUAAUCAUCAUGACCAAGAUGAUGAAGACAACAGUUCAGAGGACGAGUAUAAUGGAUGUGGUGUUUCCAAUUGCCAGUACAGGUUAUUUCAUUUAUUUAGAGGAUUAUUCUCAUAUCAGAAACUGGAAAUGUCAGAAAGAAGAGCGGAACAGAAGACAGAGUAAUGCCAUCAAGAUUCAACAAUAUAUACUUAGGGAUCAGAGUUGUAAAAAAUAAGUAUUAUGACUUUGGUGGAAAUAAAGCAUGCACAACAAUAACCAACAAUUUUUGCAGUUCUAGGACUUGAACAUCUAUUGUAAUUGACAAUCUAUAGUAUUGCCUCUUUCCGGACAAUGCAAUUAUUUUUGAAAGAAAUUUUUUAUGUAUAUAUUUCGAAAGAUAAAUGGUUUAGUCCAUCAGUUAUUACAUAUCA